AAUAGGAGUAUGGAGGAGGAGUAAGGGGAAGAGGAGUUCCAGGGAGGGGGGAAGAGGGGUGAAAGCAGAAGGACGAGAUCGGAGGAGGAGGCGCUGUUCAGGCUGCCGGUGCUGAGCCGCUGCUGCGGGCGCCGGCCCGCAGAGUCCGAGAUGCAUCCCAGCGGCUGGGUGUCGGUGAUGCUGCUCCUGGGGUUCGCUCUGCAUCUGAUCGGGCUCCCCGCGCCGCUUUCGGGGUGCCCUCUGGCGGUGACGGAGGAGAAGCCACCUCGCAAAGUCCUGACGCUCGACCUGAACAGGUCCAAGGUGCAGGAGGUGAGCCUGGCUUUCCUCUCUAUCACCAUCGACUCCAACCUGAUGACCAACCCCGGAUACAUUGCCUUCCUGAGUUCCCAGAGGCUUCGAACCUUAGCCAGAGGCUUAUCUCCUGCCUACUUGAGAUUUGGUGGCACCAAGGCUGACUUCCUGAUCUUUGACCCAGAGAAGGAAUCAACCUUUCAGAAAGGAAGUUACUGGGAAGCUCAAGUCGACCCAGAUAUUUGCAACUUUAGUCCCCUCCCUUCUGCCAUGGAGAACCAGUUGGAAUUGGAAUGGCCCUUCCAGGAGUUGCUGUUACUCAAAGAACGACAUCAGAACUUUUACGAGAAAGCUACAUUCACAAAAAGUGAAGUGGAUUUACUGUACAGCUUUGCCAAGUGUUCGGGACUGCAGCUGAUCUUUGGCGUCAAUGCCUUAAUAAGGAAAAGUAAUUUGCAGUGGGACGACUCAAAUGCCAAACUGUUGUUGAAGUACUGCACCUCCCAGAAGUAUGACAUUUCCUGGGAACUCGGCAAUGAACCUAACAGUUUCAGGAAGAAAUCUGGCAUGUAUAUUAAUGGGUCCCAACUAGGCAAAGACUUUAUUAAAUUUCAUUCACUUCUAAAAAGAUACGAUUUAAGAAAUGCAAAACUCUUUGGACCCGAUAUUGGUCAACUUCGGAACAGCAAUGAUACGUUGCUGAGGAGCUUCCUGGAAGUCGGGGGAGGAGUAAUUGAUGCAGUCACAUGGCAUCACUACUAUAUGGAUGGACGAAAUGCUACCCAAGAGGAUUUUUUAAACCCUAAAGUGUUGGAUACAUUUAUUUUCUCAGCACAACAAUUUUACCAGGAUUAUUGGCUGUCUCUUCUGUUCAAACAACUGGUUGGCACCAAGGUGUUAACAGCUAGCGUGAAGAGCCCAGACAAAGGGAAACUUCGAUUGUACCUCCAUUGUACAAACAGCAACCAUCCAAAGUACAAAGAAGGAGAUUUAACUUUGUAUGUUCUAAAUCUGCACAACAACACCAAAUAUCUAAAGUUACCUUCUAAAUUCUGUGACAAACAUGUGGAAAAAUACAUCUUGGAACCUUCUGAAUACCAAAAUCUACGUUCCCAAUCUGUGAAACUCAAUGGCCACGUUCUCAAGAUGGUGGAUAACCAAACAUUGCCAGCACUGAUUGGCAAACCCCUCUGCCUAGGCUGUCCAUUGACUUUGCCACCUUUCUCAUAUGGAUUUUUUGUUAUACUAAAUGCUAAAGUUGUCACUUGCAUCUAAAAGGUGAAGACUGAUCAAUUUAAUCCUAUGGAUGAACUUCAGGAGUAAUGACAGAAGUAAAGUACAACUUGAAACAUCAUGAAGUCAGGCAAAUACAUCAUCGCAUGUCAUUGAGUGAAAGCUUCCGAGCAACAAAGACUGGGUCUGAGUGAAUACAUACCAAAAUAUGAUUCCAAUUUCAAAGCUACAAAGAGCCUAAAUUUUGUAUGUGUUUUAUAUUUUCAUAUUUUUAAUAAAGUAAUUUAUGGACCCUUGA